AUGUCCGCGCCGCCGCCCCUGCAGAUCCGCGAGGCGAACGCGCACCUGGUGGCAGUCCACCGGCGCGCCGCGGAGCUGGAGGCGCGGCUGGACGCGGCGGAGCGCACGGUGCGCUCCCAGGCCGAGCGCCUGGCCCGCCACGACGAGCAGCUGCGCGCUGCCCUGGACGAGCUGGGCCGCGCCAAGGACCGGUUUUUCCGCCGCUUGGACCGGGACAGGAGCCGAUCCCUGGAUGCGAGGGAGCUUCAGCAGGGCUUGGCUGAGCUGGGGCUGGCGCUGGACAUGGCUGAGGCAGAGGGUGUGUGCAGGCGAUGGGACCGUGACGGCAGCGGGACGCUGGACCUGGAGGAGUUCCUGAGGGCACUCCGUCCCCCCAUGUCCCAGGCCCGGGAGGCGGUCAUUGCAGCUGCAUUCUCCAAGCUGGACCGCAGUGGAGAUGGUGUGGUGACCGUGGAUGACCUUCGGGGGGUGUAUAGCUGCCACGCUCACCCCAAGGUGCAAAGCGGGGAGUGGACUGAGGAGGAGGUGCUCCGCCGCUUCCUGGACAACUUUGAUUCCUCUGAGAAGGACGGGCAGGUCACCCUGGCUGAGUUCCAGGACUACUACAGUGGUGUGAGUGCCUCCAUGGACACGGAUGAGGAGUUUGUGGCCAUGAUGACCAGCGCCUGGCGACUGUGA